AUGGUGGAUCCCUUCAUUCAGGUCCAGAGCUCCAGGAAGGACAGGGUGGAUCCCCUGCCCUGUGUGUGCCCCAAGUCCCACCUCACAAGUGGCCUGAGGACCAUCGCGGAGCUGCUGAACACGGGGGCCGUGUGUGGGGUCCCCACAGACACUGUGUAUGCCCUGGCAGCCUCCUGCAAGCACCCUCAGGCCAUCGAGAAGGUCUACAGGAUCAAGGACAGGCCUCAAGAGAAGCCCAUCUGCAUCUUUAUUUCCAACCUGGAGCAGUUGCGAGCAGCUGCCCCGCCCAUCAGCCCGCUGCUCUGGGAAUUCAUGGAAAACGUUUAUCCCGGCGGCAUUGGCUGCAUUAUCCAGAAGGGAGAGUGGCUGAAGAAGCUGGGGGUCGGAGCAGGAUACAGCAGGGUGGGAACCCAGGACAGCAUCAUGAUCCGAGUCCCUGACCUGACGGUCCUGGUGCACCUCAUCGACAUGACCGGGCCCUUGGCCAUCACCUCGGCCAACCCCAGCGGGGAGGUGGACAGCACCCACCACGACAUGGUCAUCUCGCGCCUUGGCCAUAAGCUGGAGGGUGUUCUCUGUGAUGGAGAGUCUGACGAGGUGGUGGCAUCCACUGUGGUCAACUGCACAAAGAUUGAUGAAAGUGGCAUCACCAUCGUGCGGGAAGGCUGUAUCCCAGCUGGAAAAGUGAUGCAGAUCUUUGAAAGGGUGAAGAACAGAGUAGUCUGA